GUAUAAAUAUUAGUGGUGGCAUGUCCAGUAGUCACUCGCAGUUCUACGGUGAAAGUGUAGGUUUGUCUCUUCAUUUCAUUAUUUAAUUAGAAAGUAUUAGUAUAUAAAAAUCAAAGAAAAUGUGUGACGACGAAGUUGCUGCUCUGGUUGUUGACAAUGGCUCCGGCAUGUGCAAGGCCGGUUUCGCCGGUGAUGAUGCGCCCCGUGCUGUCUUCCCCUCAAUUGUGGGUCGCCCACGUCAUCAGGGUGUGAUGGUCGGUAUGGGUCAGAAGGACUCGUAUGUCGGUGAUGAGGCUCAAUCCAAGAGAGGUAUCCUCACAUUGAAAUACCCCAUUGAGCACGGUAUCAUCACCAACUGGGAUGAUAUGGAGAAAAUCUGGCAUCACACUUUCUACAAUGAGUUGCGUGUCGCACCUGAAGAGCACCCAGUAUUGCUCACCGAAGCACCAUUGAAUCCAAAAGCCAAUCGUGAGAAGAUGACCCAAAUUAUGUUUGAAACCUUCAACACACCCGCCAUGUAUGUCGCCAUCCAGGCCGUACUCUCCCUCUACGCUUCCGGUCGUACCACCGGUAUCGUUUUGGACUCUGGUGAUGGUGUCUCACACACCGUACCCAUCUAUGAAGGUUACGCUCUGCCCCAUGCCAUUCUCCGUUUGGAUUUGGCCGGUCGCGAUUUGACUGAUUACCUCAUGAAGAUUCUCACUGAGCGCGGCUACUCGUUCACCACCACAGCUGAGCGUGAAAUUGUACGUGACAUUAAGGAGAAAUUGUGCUAUGUUGCAUUGGACUUUGAGCAAGAAAUGGCCACUGCCGCUGCCUCCACCUCAUUGGAGAAAUCCUAUGAAUUGCCUGAUGGUCAAGUGAUCACCAUUGGUAAUGAACGUUUCCGCUGCCCUGAAUCACUCUUCCAACCCUCAUUCUUGGGUAUGGAAUCGAGCGGUAUCCAUGAGACUGUCUACAAUUCGAUCAUGAAGUGCGAUGUUGAUAUCCGUAAGGACUUGUACGCCAACAUUGUCAUGUCUGGUGGUACCACCAUGUACCCCGGUAUUGCUGAUCGUAUGCAAAAGGAAAUCACUGCCUUGGCGCCAUCCACCAUCAAGAUCAAGAUCAUUGCCCCACCAGAGCGUAAAUACUCCGUAUGGAUUGGUGGUUCCAUCUUGGCCUCACUCUCCACCUUCCAACAGAUGUGGAUCUCGAAACAGGAAUACGAUGAAUCCGGCCCAGGCAUUGUCCACCGCAAAUGCUUCUAAACGCUCAAUGAGAAACAGAAAACUGAGGGCUUUUACGCUCCAACCCCCCUUUGCUAUGUAUUGUAUUUGUUUUAUUUUAAUACUUUAUUUU